AUGAGAUUGUUGAUGUUUAAAAUUUACUUAAUUUUGUUUACUGCGAGCGUGGUUCAUGGGUUCAUCGCAAAUUCUCCGAACAUCAGAACAAAGAGAUCAGAUGAUGAUAACGGAUUUUCAUUAGAAAAUCUCAAAGACAAAUUAUCAUUGGAUAAUCUCAAAGACAAAUUAUCAUUGGAUAAUCUCAAAGACAGAUAUUCAUCUCUUAAAUCAAAAGUUUCAGAUUAUGCUACGAAAGGUUACGAAGAGUUGAAAAAUCUUUUCUCUAGUGAAAGAAGUGUUGGCGAUUACCAACUCAACAACAUUGAUGUUAGGUUUGGUGAAGGAGAUGAGAAGAAUAUUAACACUAAUAAAACUAAUGCAAGGUCAACGCGCGAUGUCAAAGACAAAAGUGUUGAAAGUUCUGAAGAUUCACAUGAAUUGGAUGAACUUAUAGAAGCAUUGAUUGAUUUUGAGAAACCGUCAGAUGAUAAGAAGAAAGAAGGCAAGAAGGAUGGAAAACUUGAGAACAAUGCUGAAAUUUCUCCAGGAUUGCCGAUACAACAUUCAGUGAUCAUCGCUCCUUUAAUAUGCACAGAAAAUAAAAAAGCUGUUCGUGGCCGGUGUCGAAGCAUAAUAUGA